ACCGUCGUUGCGCCGCUUUGUCGUCUGCGAUUGUGUUUAGGUAGUGUUAUUAUCACUGGUCCUUUUCCGUAAACAAUGACAUCGCUAAGUCAUCGAGGGGUUCAACUCCUCGCCGCAGCAGUUGCGGGUUGGGGCAGCUGCCGUGCGUACGACCAUUUUUCGGCCAAAGGUCAGGUGCACGCCGCCACACUUUUACCGAGGCCCCCUGCCACCGUACCUGUCGAGCCCCUUGAAGGCGCUAGCCGCCAAACGCAGAUCAUGCGUUUUGGAUUUCCUGGCACUGACUCCAUCCGCUUUUUAGACGACUACGUCCUCUCUUACGACCGCAGAAACAGAACUGCGCAUUGGGUCUUUGAGCACCUAACGAAGGAGAAACUGGCGAAGAACGACAAAGUAGACAGGUCCAAGUGCGAAUUUCACGAAGACCUCCAAAUACACCCGUACUUUCGGUCCAUGAACUCCGACUACCAAAAAAGUGGCUUUGACCGCGGCCACUUGGCGGCCGCCGGUAACCACCGGCAGUGUCAGAGCGACGUGGAUCAAACCUUUCUUCUCAGUAAUAUGGCACCCCAGGUUGGCAAAGGAUUCAACAGAGACUCCUGGAACAGGCUAGAGAAGCAUGUCCGAGGCCUGACAAAGCGCUACAAGAACGUCUAUGUGUGCACUGGCCCUCUCUACUUGCCAAGGAUGGAGAGUGAUGGAAAGAAGUAUGUCAAGUAUCAAGUCAUUGGUGCGAACCACGUAGCUGUGCCAACACAUUUCUUCAAAGUUGUUGUGGCAGAAACAGAGAAUGCAGAAUUUGACUUGGAAGCAUACGUCAUGCCCAAUGCUGUUAUACCUGAUGACACGCAACUUCGGUCAUUUCUGGUUCCUGUAGACACCAUUGAGAGGGCAGCAGGGCUGCUGCUUUUUGACAAGAUUGACAGAAACAAGUUUCGUCGCAUCAACAGAAGAUAAUUUGCACGUGCCUAGAUUAUGGAAAAUGCACCACCAAACGACUGUUGCCUCAGGAAGAAUCCACAGCACCGUCACUACUCUGUGCUGCCACAAUCUUGGGUCGUAAAGCCGAUAGUGAGAUGAGGAUGGCCUCCUGCAACAAGAAACAUGAGCAUUAUUAAUUGUACUUGUAUUUACACACUGCAAAUCAGUGAUACAGUCAAACCUUGAUUUAACAAACUAUUUUUAUUUCCCGA